AAGGAAAAAAGAGAAAGACUGUUGAAAUAUAGCAUUUCCUUCCAACAAUUAAGAGAAGAAGCUGAGCGGAAAGAGCAGUGGAUUAUAUCGAAACUAAUGGAGAAGGGUAAAGCAGUGAUGGGCUCGGGGCGAAGAUGGGCAAUUGAUUUCACAAACAAUUCAACCACGCCGUCCUCACGUGAUAUUCCUGAUCCUCCUGGCUUCACUCGUGCUUCUCAAGAUCAGGAUGAUUCAACCACCAGUCGCCAAAAGAAAGAUGCCGAAGCUAAUUGGAAGGCUCAGAAAGCUUGGGAAGUUGCACAGGCUCCUUUCAAGAAUCUGCUAAUGAUGGGGUUCAUGAUGUGGAUGGCUGGAAGUACUGUACAUCUUUUCAGCAUUGGUAUUACUUUUUCAGCUCUCUGGCAGCCUAUAAGUGCUCUUCAAGGAGUCGGAAAGGUUUUUGAGCCUUACAAAGACAGUAAAGUUGAUCUUUUGGGGCCUAAGCUGCUUUUCAUUGCCCUUAAUUUGGGAGGUUUAGCACUUGGUGUCUGGAAGCUUAACACGUUGGGGCUUCUUCCGACCCAUGCUUCUGAUUGGGUUUCAUCGUUGCCCCCGGCUCAGGAAGUUGAAUAUUCAGGAGGCGGUAUUCCUCUUCGUUAACGUUCUUGUUCGAUUUUAAUUUACAAGUAUUCUUUGAGAAUUUUGUGGAGAGAAUUUACAAGAGCUAUUGAAACUUAAAAGGUAUUCCGGGUUGAAGGCUUGUUUGUGUGGUGUGGCCGCCAGAGACAUUGCAAUACAAGCACAUAUUGUUGUUUUUAGUCUUUUAAACUGGUUUUUGUAACACUUACUAUGACUUGGUAGAUAUUAUUAUUGACUCCCAUAUUCAGAUGGACCUUUUUCAA